UCCUCCCGUCCGUCCGUCCGGGAGGCUGCGGUGGGUGCGCGGUGUGACGCGCGCCUCGGGCUGAGUUUCGUCCCCGCCCGCCAGGCUCCCAGGCGAGAAUCGAAACCGUGCUGGGCUGCACGCGGAAGGAACCCGCACCCGCGCCGACUCGCAGCGCCCUGCAGGACUCUGCACGGCCCCGCAGGCCCACCAUGCGUCGGUCCGAGCCCCUCUCCGAAGGCCACCCGUCCAACCCCAGCGCCGCAGAGCAACCCACCUCGGAGGAAUUCCAGUUCCUGUACUGCCAGAGCUGCAACGACGAAGCCAAGUGCCCCAAACUGCUGCCUUGCCUGCACUCGCUGUGCUCGGGAUGUCUGGAGCAGCACCGUUCGCAGUGUUCCAUCUGUAACGUGCCUGGGGCCCCGGACACCGAUCAACCCGUCCUAGAUAACAUAUUCUUCGAGAGUCUGCAGCGGCACCUGUCUCUGCACCGGCAGGUCGUGGAUGAGAAGGCCGCUUGCACUCGCUGCAAGAACCCGGCUCACUUCUGGUGCUCCCAGUGUGAGCAGCUCCUCUGCCCCAGGUGCUGCGAGGCACACGGGUACUACCUGAAGCAUGAGACGCAGCGCCUGGAGGAGGUCCGCGCACAGCCGGUGCGCCAGUUCCUGCAGAGCAUGCGCAAGACCAACAACAUCUUCUGCUCUCAUCACAGGCGUCACUCCAGCCCCAUGCCGACCAGCAUCUACUGCAGGGGCUGCGCCAAGGCGCUGUGCUGCUCGUGCGUGAUCCUGGACGGCGACGCCCACAAAGACCUCAGGUGUGACAUCAGCGAGGAGAUCGAACAGCGGCAGGACGAGCUGGACUCCAUGACGCAGGAGUUACAGGAGCAGGAGGUGGCCUUCAAGGCGGCGCAGGCCCAGAUGAGCACCGCGGUCAGUCAGCUGGGCCAAGUGCGCACGGACAUGGAGAAGCUGAUCCACUCGCGCAUCAGCCAGGUGCUGGCCUACGUCCGGGAGCAGGAGCACUCGCUGCUGGAGGCGGUGAAUCAGAGCUACCAGCGCGACUACGACGCGGUGGCCGGCCGGCUGCAGCAUCUGGACGCCGUGCUGCAGCGCAUCCGCACGGGCAGCGUGCUGGUCCGGAGGAUGAGGUGCUACGCAUCGGACCAGGAGGUGCUAGACAUGCACGGCUUCCUCCGCCAGGCGCUCUGCCGCCUGAAAGAGGAGGAGCCCCAGAGCACAGAAGCCACUGUGUGCGUGAAUGGCUUCGCUGAGGUCAAGGAGCGGUUGCAGGACCUGGUCUCAGGCAUCACUCAAGGCGCAGAUUUACCUCCGCUUGAGAGAGCCAGCCCACAGCCUGCCAGCACGCCCCCGACUUCUGAUGUUGACUCGGGGGCUGAGGUCCAGGACCCAGGCCCAGCUCAGGCCCAGCCCGAAGCUGUGGUUCAGCCAAUGCCUGGAGCCCACCCGGUGCCCGUGCACGCCUACUCCAUCAGAGACGCCGCAUGUGGAGAGGAGGACCGCCUAGAAGCCACGCCCCAGAAGAGAAAGGCCUGCCAGACGGAGAGCCCCAGGAAGAUGAUGAGGCUGCAGUCGGAGGAGGACGGGGAAGCGAAGCUGGCGCCCAGCAUGGCCGAGCAGCCGGGGCCUAGCACCUCCCAGGCGGUCUCCCCGCCCUGCCCGGAGGAGCCCCCUGGGGAAGACGAGGACUUGGUCCUCCACAUCAACCACCAGGAUGACAUCCCUAAGGAGGCGGAUGAGUGCAUCCUGAUCUGCAGCUCCGAGGAGUCCGACACUGAGAACUCGACCUUACGGGACAUGGACGAGAGCAGCAGCGAGUCCAGCAACGUGCAGCUGGAAGGCCCCAACUCCCUGCAGGACGUGGAGGAGGCCCUUACUGAUCCCCAGGCAGAAGACCGGCCACUGGUUUUCUUCGACCUCAGGAUUGACAGCGAAACCCAGAAGAUUAGCCAGCUGGCGGCCGUGAACGGGGAGAGCAAAUUCCGGGUGCUCAUCCGACCCGAGGCCAGCUUCAAUGUCUACUCCAAGACCGUGUCCCUGGAAGUGGGCCUGGAGUACUUCCUCCGCUUCCUCCGCACCAUGCCCCGGCCCGUCCUGGCCUGCUACAAGCUGUGGGGGUCCAGCCUCCCGCUCUUCUUCCACGCCCUGGACGACAUCAACCGGCUGGGCGAGCUGCAGGAGGUCACAUCGGGCUUCCUGGCCGUGCUGCCCCUCAUCCGGGAGCACGUGCCGGGUGCUGAGAGCUUCCAGCUCAAGAGCCUGGCGACCACCUACCUGGCGCGGACCAUAAAUGAGAGCAGCGCGCUGGCCUCCGUGCUGACCAUGCGUGACCUGUGUCGCCUGCUGGAGGUGGCCCCCGGGCCAUGGCUGUUCCGGCACGUCUACUCCUUCGGCAACCUGCACUGCUUCUCGUCCCUGCAGCCCCUGGUGCAGGCGAAAGUGCUGGCCCGGGCGGAGGCCCGUGUGCUGGCCCUGCGCAACGUGGACUUCACGGAGCUGCAGAGCACGUAUCAGCAGGACCCCCUCGGCGGCUUGAGAAGGUACAGCCGCUACCUGAGCCUGCCGGGGGCCCCGGAGGGCCUUACCCAGUCUACUUCCGUCCUGCAGGCCCUGAGCUCCUACUUCAAAAGCCUGACACAGAGCCUGGUCUAGGCCAGGGUGGAGAACCUGGGGACCACAACCGCCAGCCCCGGCCACAGCUCCAACGCAGUGGGGAGGGAACCCCCAGCAGAGUUGAGGGGCCGGAAAUCUCUGCUGCCAGACAGGGCUGGGGUCCCCGAGCCAAGCCCCUCCAGGUACAGCGUCCUCUGGGCCUGGGUCCUGGCUUGUGUUUGGUCCAGAAUCAGGAGUUGCUUCUCUGGGACAAGAUUUCCUUCUCUUUCACCCCCGACAGGCCGUCCACACAUCCCUGAGGGGUCCCCGUGAGUGAGCUGGGGAGACUGACUCCGCCAGCUCCCACAGGGCUGUACCACCAGUGGCUCCCUAGAACCAAGUGCCUCUGUAAGCAUAAUGCCCUCCCCAAGGUCCACCCACUUCCCCCAUCCCCCCGGCCACCUGCUUGAGGCCCGCUCUCUCCUCACUUCUUUUCGGGCAUUCCGGCCCCUGAGACCACAUCUGCCCAGACCCAGGCCCCACACCAGCCUUCACUGCUUCCCACUCAUACUUCCUUCUCGGCCCUGCCUCCUCACUCCCUCCUGCUUCACUAGGUCUCACUUUCCAGCCUCAGGCCGCCCCCCAACUCUCUGCACUGCUCACCCCAGACCACCCACCACAACCAGAGAUCACCCCAGGCUGCUAACCAGGUAAAUUGGGGGCCUGUGGGACCUGCACCCCAAGAGCCCAUGCCCUAGCCCAUGGGAGCCCAUCCGGACCAAAGGUCCUGAGGGCCCCAUCCGAGGGCCCUGCCCUCCACAGAGCUGCAGAGGGGAACAGGAGUGAGACCUCAGAGAAGUCUUUCCUGAGGCCUCCAGUGGGUCCGUCAUGUGCUGCCUCUGGGCACUCACACAGUGCCACAGCCUCUGAGACGCCGGUCAGGACAGACUGUGUGCGCUCCCAGCUAGGGGAUCCAAAGCUGGGGCCCCGCCUGAGGGUCAUCAGAGCGCAGCCUGCAGCCCACGGCCCCCUGCCUGACCUGCAGCUCCACUGUGCCCCCAACUUCCUCAGCGAGUCUCCUGGGAAUGGGGUGCAGUGUGCUCCUAGCCGCCCCAAUCCUGGACCCGAUGCACUCAGAUAGCAGCCUGGCAUCAAGCAGGGCACCCCAGGCCCUCUGAGCACAGGUGGGUGGGCUCUGGGGACCCAUGGCAGUGCUCAGGGUCCCAUCCCCAACUCCCCCAGGUCUGAUGGCACCCACCGCUUUCCCGCAGACCCCUGCCCCCACCCUGCCUGCUGCCUUAAGACCUUGAGGAGCUAAGGGUGUGAUCCCCCUUAGCCUGCCUCAAUGUCCCCACCAUCACCACCUUCAGUAAAGCUCAGAAUCUGACAAGCCUGCUGUUCCCUGCUCAGUGCUCAGUGUCCCCCAGACAUACUGCUCGGCCUCUUGUCUGAUGAAGUGGGGGUGUCCCCGGGUAUGGGGAGAGCAGACAGGGGCCAGUACAAUUGGUCUUUGUGACCUCCAGUACUUAACAGAGCUGAGGGCCCCACCUCAUCAGUGCGUGGGGACUCAAGGCCGCAGGAGAACCUCCUGGGAAAUAGGGGAGACCAGGGUGGGCCUGCUGGCAUCAUCUUCAAGGGCGGGGGCACCAGCAUCAAGAGUGGCCUCCUGGGGCUGGAGUGAUAGCACAGCGGGUAGGGCGUUUGCCUUGCACGCGGCCAACCCGGGUUCGAUUCCCAGCAUCCCAUGUGGUCCCCUGAGCACUACCAGGGAUAAUUCCUGAGUGCAGAGCCAGGAGUAACCCCUGUGCAUCACCAGGUAUGACGCAAAAAGCCAAAAAACAAAAGAGUGGCCUCCUGGACUAGGACCUAAGGACAGGAGAAACCAGGACCAGGAGGACUGGCACAGGUUGGCAGCCUGCUACAAGGGGUGGAGUGGGCAGGGCAGUUAGGAUAGAGAAGUCCACUAUGACAAAGAGGCAGAAAUGAUCACUCUGGACAAUAACUAGGUUCUGGGAGUCAGUCAAGGGAUACACAUAAUAGUAUGAACAUAUAUACUGCAAACUAUAAUGCCCAAAAUGAAAGAGAGAAAGAAGAAAUGUGCCUGCCAUAGAGGCAGGCUGGGGCGUUGGGUGGCAGGAGGGAAACUGGGCACAUUGGCGGUGGGAAAUGUGUUCUGGUGAAGGGACAAGUGUUGGAACAUUGGGUGACUGAAACCCAAUAAUGAACAACUUUGUAACUGCAUCUCAGGGUAAUUCAAUUAAAAAAAAAACACGAGUAGCCUCCUGGGGGCCAUAGAGCUAUUACCAGCAGGCUGGACACUUGUCAGACCUGGGUUCAAGCCCUGGCACACCUGCAUGGCCCCUCGAGCCUACCUGGGAUGAUCUGUGAGCACAGAGAAGGAGUGAUCCAGGAGGACUACCAGGUGUGACACAAACCUGGGAAAAGGAGGGAGGCCGAUCGAGUGAUCCCCGGAGGGCAUCAGCACAGAGUCCCAGGCAUCGAGAGCUGGAUCUCUGGCCCCAUCGGGGGCUCUUUGUACCCUUGCCCGCACCCUGGGCAGAAAGAUAUUGGAGCCUUUGCCAGGACUUGAGGAGACCCGACAGACCCACGUGUGAGUGUCAUGUCUAGUCUCUGUAUCGGCUGUCACCAGGAAUCCGCAUGGAUGCC